AUGGGUGGCAAGGUUGACAAAUUGAUAAAUACUGGAAAUGCUCCACCAAUUUAUAGAAUUAAUGGGCAGAACUUUCAUUUAAUUGGAAGUUUAUUAGCACAGGAUGGUAAAAAGCCAAAGUUUGCACAACUUUACAUACACGACACACAAAAUGAGAUUGACAACCGCAUUGCUCAUUCAGAUGAGCAUAAUGUAUUAGUUAAAUCAUUCAAAUUAGCUAAGGAUGAAAUUGACUCAAACCCAAGAAUGGAGAUUAAGAUGAGACUUAUUGGUAAACAGGCCAACGAUGCAAGAACUUAUAGCUUACCAAUGGUUUCCGAGGUUGCAUAUCCUAUUUUGUUCCGGUAUGGCGAAGAUGGGUAUAGGGAGGAUAUACAGUUUACUACUGGUGGUACGAUCCGUACCGAUGGAAGGCGUAGCUUAAAAGUUGAAGAUAGGCCAGACAUUGUUUGUAGACUUUUUAAUUUGAAGUUAGAUUGUUUGAUCAAAGAGCUGAGAUCAGUUGUAUACACAAUUGAGUUCCAAAAGCGUGGUUUACCACAUGCACACAUUUUGCUUUUUAUGGAAAGAACUAAUCAAAAAUCAACCGCAAACUUCAUGGACUCCAUAAUAUCAGUAGAGAUUCCAGACAAAGAUGUAGGCCAGGAUUACUACAACGCUGUUGAAGAAUUUAUGGUACACAGACCUUGUGUUGUUUCUAGGUCGAAAUCAUCGUGCAUGGUUAACGGACGAUGUUCCAAGCAUUUCCCAAAGAAGUUUGUUGACAUUUCUUCUUGGGAUGAAGAUGGCAAUCCGAUAUACAGGCGUUGGGAUGAUGGCAGGACUAUCUUGAAGAAUGGCGUGGUGUUAGACAAUAGAUAUGUUGUACCACAUAACAGAUACCUACUCCUAAAGUAUAAGACACAUAUAAAUGUUGAAUGGUGCAAUCAAUCGAGAUCUAUCAAGUACUUUUUCAAGUAUGUCAACAAAGAAAAUGACAGAGUUACAGCCGAGUUCUACAAGAACACAACUGAUGAACAGUCAAAUGAGGUAAUUGAUGAGAUAAGCAUAAACUAUGAUAGCAAAUACAUCUCUACAUGUGAAGCAACAUGGCGACUGUUUGGAUUCGAGGUUCAAUUCAGGACGCCUCCAGUGGAACGCCUAAGCUUCCAUCUGCCCAAUUGCCAGCUUGAGGUCGUUUGGAAUGCGGUGUGGCAAUAUCAUUCAGAGGAUGCACAGUUUAAUAGACGGAUCGGAGAAUAUUUGAUACUGACAGAUGAUGCAAAGAAGAAUUUUGGCUUGGUUAAGUUGGAGAAACUGUUGCAGUUGUACAACAAGUCGUUGGCAGAUUUUCCGCAUGUGCCAUUACCCAACUUUGAUUGCACAUGUUUGGUUGAUAAUAGGCUAUUGUCUGAAAAAUUAGCUUAUGACCGUGCAGCACUACAUGGGUACUGGGAAGACAUUUCUUUGGAGGGGUUGUCUACAAAGUUGCGUUCUAAAGGUGAUAUCGAUGUUGCUUCAAGUGGCAUAGUGUCAUUACUUCUGCUUGGAGGCAGAAUUGCACAUUCUAGAUUUGCAAUACAAAUAUCUUUGAAUGAAGAUUCAACAUGUAAUAUCAGUCAAGGUAUAGUAGCCACCUCGCAGAAUUAA